AUGAUUUCUGAUACAGCUGAUAAGGUUGGACCGGAUGGUGUUUUAUCAAUUAAGUCAUUGUCUUCCUUUGAGACAACUGUUGACAUGGAAGAAGGAAUGGAUGAUACCUGCAAAGAGGCAAUUAGAGAUAAACAAGAGGAAGAAUUAUUACUGAACACAGAAAAUGCUGAUUUUUCUAUUAUUUCAAAAAGCAUAGUAGAAGAGGAAGAGAAGUUGAUAGGAGAGCAGCUGAAGGAAGAUGAGGAAAAUAUGAAUGAGCCUAAGAAGAAACCUCACUUGAAUGACCUCCAAUUCACUAAACUCGAUGAGCUUCUAACACAUUUACGAUAA